CGACAUUUUAUCGAACAAUUUUAGCGACUAGUAAUGCUUAGUUGCGUGAUUUCGCGCGUAAAGAAAUGCAUCUGUUCGCGCGCGCUUAACUCGGAAAGGCAGACUAGUUACGCAUUUGGCGAGUUGAAAGCGCCGCAGCGAUGGGAAUUCACGGCCUCGCGAAGCUGAUUGCGGACCAGGCACCUUCGGCCAUCAAAGAACACGAAAUUAAAAGCUACUUCGGGCGAAAGAUUGCAAUCGAUGCAUCCAUGAGCAUUUACCAGUUCCUUAUUGCCGUUAGACAGGAUGGCAAUGUGCUACAGAAUGAAGAUGGAGAAACAACCAGCCACCUGAUGGGCAUGUUCUACCGGACGAUACGCAUGCUGGAGAGCGGGAUCAAGCCGGUCUACGUGUUCGAUGGAAAACCCCCCCAGCUCAAGUCCGGAGAGUUGGCGAAGAGAGGAGAGAGAAGGGCAGAGGCAGAGAAGCUUCUAGCACAGGCACAGGAAAUGGGGGAACAGGAGAACAUCGACAAGUUCAGCAAGCGGCUUGUAAGGGUCACCAAGCAGCACAACGACGAGUGCAAGCAGCUGCUGACGCUGAUGGGCGUGCCGUACGUCGAGGCGCCGUGCGAGGCUGAGGCCAGCUGUGCGGCGUUGGUGAAAGCGGGGAAGGUCUUCGCCACGGCGACCGAGGACAUGGACGGCCUGACGUUCGGGACGACCGUUCUGCUGAGACACCUGACAGCCAGCGAAGCCAAGAAACUUCCCAUUCAGGAGUUUCAUUUCAGCCGCAUUCUGCAGGAUAUCGGUCUGACCCACCAGCAGUUCAUAGAUCUGUGCAUCCUGCUUGGGUGUGACUACUGUGGCACAAUUAAAGGAAUCGGACCCAAGAGAGCCAUCGACCUCAUUAAGCAGCACGGCUCCAUUGAAGAGAUUUUGGAGAACAUUGACCCCGCUAAACACCCCGCUCCGGAGGACUGGCUGUAUAAGGAGGCUCGGGGGCUGUUCCUGGAGCCCGAGGUGGUGGACUGCGGCGCCGUGGAGCUGAAGUGGAACGAGCCGGACGAGGCCGGUCUGAUCCAGUUCAUGUGCGCCGAGAAACAGUUCAGUGAGGACCGCAUUCGGAACGGCUGUAAGAAGAUCCUGAAGAGCCGGCAGGGCAGCACGCAGGGCCGGCUCGACUCGUUCUUCACCGUGACGGGCUCCCUGUCCUCCAAGCGCAAGGAACCGGACUUGAAGGGGUCCGCAAAGAAGAAGUUGAAAACAGGUGUAACGCCAGGCAAAUUCAAGAAGGGGAAAUAGGGGCAGGGGAAGUGAUCCCUCCUGGGGGGAGGAUGGCAGAUGCAGUCGCUGUGCUCCUCGAGGAACGUGCUGGGGGUGGGAGAGACCAGAAGACCAACUGGGGGUGGGAGAGACCAGAAGACCAACUGGGGGUGGGAGAGACCAGAUGACCAACUGGGGGUGGGAGAGACCAGAAGACCAACGCUCAACUUGAGAAUUUCAUAGUUUUGCUUGUAGUAUACUAUAGCACCAGCACAGCACACACAUUUUAAUGAACAUGAUUUACUUGUUUCUUUUUGUUUGUUCCAUAAAUGAUAAUAAAACAAUGUACAGUU